GAAUGGAUUAAUAAGUAAUGGAAACAGCGAGCAAUUAUGAUAAUAUUAUAAAUGAAGUCUACACAAAAUUGAAGCGGAACUCAGAUAAAGGUUAAUUGUAAAUGAGUGAAUCUGAAAUCCAGACUUUUAAGGAUGUAUUAAUUCAUUAAACCACCCAAGCUCUGGCAAACCCAUCUCAAAGCAAUUUAAGAGGGGAGAGAAAUUAAAUGCAAAACAGAGGUUUAGGUCUAAUCUAAGAUUUCUCAAGUGGACACUGAUCAAAUUGAACCUGCUAAAGAAAAGAAAGUACUUGUUGUGAAAUAAGUAAUUACUUACAAUUACAUCUUAGGAGGAAGAGAAUUAAGAAGUAGAUGUGUGUUUUGACGACGAUUCAGAUGAGAAAGUUCAUCUGAAUCAGGAUCAAGUUGAUAACUAUUAAACUUAGAAUCAGAAAAUUAAGGAGUUUGAAAAGAAUAGAUGUGAGAGUCUGAGGGAAAGGACUCUUUUUGAUAAAAUUAGAGAAUUAGAUUAACUUAGAAAUUAAGUUAAAUAGGAAGAAUAAGAUGAUGAUGAUACCGAAGAGCCAAAAGCAUUUGAUACUUAGAUCUACGCAUAGAAGAUCAAUACUGAUAGUAUUGUUAGUAGAAUCAGAGUAAAAAUUCAUCAUAUACUAGCCUAACAAAUUGCAAAAGGCAAGUUUAGAAAAUGUGCUUAUCAAAGAAAAAAGCAAUAAAGAAGCUCUCUAUCCAUAAGCCCAAUUAUAAUUUAAUUUUAAAACAAACAAAAAAAAAAACUAAUGAUCAAAUUGUAUAUAUCAUUCCUAAGAUUUUAGUUACUCCAAUUUUCUGUCCAAUUAUG